GGCUCAUUCGCAGCUUUACACAGAUCGACUGGUUGAAGACCUCUGAUGUGCCCCCGAUGCGCGUGCGACACCUUCAAACUCACUUGGCCGACCAGGGGCUGGUGAAUUCCAGCAAGCUCAGCGAGCUGCGCAACACUUCCGUGGGCAUCGAUGCCGUGUUUUGGCUUCGAUCCAUUCAAGCCCUAAAGGAUCCUUUUGCGGAUGCCUUGGGAGGUAUCCCACCGGGGAUGUUUGGCUUUGUGGACAAGGAGUUGGAUUCCUUCAAGGAGUGGGGCAUCACUCCAUUCUUCAUCUUUCAGGGCGUCGCUCCAGGACCUCAGCACUCCAUGUUCGCCAACCGGAUGGAUGCACAGAUGGACAUGGCCUGGAACCACUUGUCACGUGGAGAGAAGUCGGCGGCGCAGAAAUGCUUUGCGGUCUCAACCAGCCGAAUCAAUGGGGACUUUGUCUAUUUCAUUUUCCAUCACCUGAGACACCGGGGCUACGAGUGUCUCCAGGCGCCCUACUUCGCUGGGGCGCAGCUGGCCCACUUUGCGGAGCAGAAUGUCGUGCAGACGAUCUUCGGGCCUCCUGGGCUGCUGUUGUAUGGCGUCAAGAGUUGCGUCAUUCACUUGAACUUCGGGCAACAGACGUUCGAUUGGGUGGAUUUGGAUAGCGUGCUGCAGAAGUGGCAACUGACUUGGGACGAGUUUGUGGAUGCCUGCAUGCUGGCUGGUACUGAGUACUGCUUGACCUAUCCAUACUUGAACCUGAGCCAUUUCCAACCUCAACAGCAGGCUCGCUUCAACUUUGAUGCCGCAGUCUACAUCAUCAAGCAAGCUCCCUUGAUCAACUGGAUGCAAACCUUCCCCACGGAGGACAUGAAGAAUGACCAUGUGGACGGCUAUUGCAUUUGCAAGGUCUUGGUGCAGAACUCCCCGGUCUACCACCUGGGCGACGUGGCCGUCCGCCCGCUGGGCGCCAAGUCCAACCCCACCGGCGCGCCGCCGCAAGUGCCCUCGGACUUUUCGGCCAUUAUGGGCAACAAGCUGCCUCCCAGCCUGUACUACUUGAUGCUGAAUGGGAUCAUCUCGCAUAAGUUGCCUCAAGCCUUAGCAAAGGGCGAGUGGACUGACAAGUCGCAGCCCUUGGUGGAUACGAGUCAGUUCCGGGAAUUGCUGAACGACUUGCAGGAGUAUCGGCGGGUCGCUCUAGGGCUGAUUGCGCAGCAUUUGCAUCAUACCUUCCAGACGAAGCGCAUUUUGUGCAAAGCGUACUGGGAGCCCAACAGUAUCCGCCAAGCCCACAGCACAGAUCCGAAGCUCCCUGCAGAGGCCCGUGUGAUCACCCCUGAGAUCUCCCAGGGCCUCCGAUGGAAGAUCAACGGGCCGGCCGUGAAAGCGGAGAUGCAGCGACAAGGUGUCAGCAAGGUUGACUUCAAAUUUUGCCUGCAAUGGCACUCCUAUGAGUUCGAACGCGACGGGCCCUUGAUGAAGGGACUCACCGAUGCACAGCCAUGUACCUUCGACUCGGACCUGCAUUCCCUCAGCGCUUUGGUGCACUUCAUGGUUCUAGAAAAGCUGGACCUCAUCUCCCAGGAGGAUGGAAACGCCACAGUCCUCAGUGAUCUCCUGAAGGAGACGCCGUCGAAUUUGACCGAGCCUUGCCUGACCGCGCUGGAGUUGAUGAAGCUGGGUCUCUUGAAUGGCGAGCCAUUCGAGGCCGCGCAGCCCGAGAAGCCCUUUCCCGAGGAUGUGAAGUACCCCAUCGCGGCCAACCUCUCGCAGCCCGAGAGGGACCGCAUUUGCGGGAAGCUUUUGCUGUGCCGCGUGAUGUCUUUGGUCCCCAUGAGGCUCAGGCCUGUGAUGUGGGACAGCGACGUGGACUUUGACUUGGCCGCCUUCCAUACGUUGGUCCGCGCCCUGAAGCGCACCCUGAGACAGGUUGUGGAGGGGGCCUUGGCACAUGUCUUGCUGGGAGAUCUUUCGAAUGUGAGGAUUCUACCCAAGGGCUUUAUGUGCACCUCUCCAGUGAAGGACUCCUGGCCGACCAUGCCGGCAGAGUUCCCGGCCUUCAUGCUGCCACGCGCAUGCAUGGGCAUUGUGGUGAAGUACUUCCUUGAAUACAAGGGCUCAGAUCUGGAAGCAUUGAAAGUUGAGAUGGGGAAGCGCUUCCCCUGCUGCGUGCAGCCCAUCGAGGACAUGAAGUUGGCCUUCAGCUUUUGGGACGAUCUGCGCCGCUGCGUGGACUCCAUCGCGGAGUCCCUGGGCGCGGAGGACACCUCCGAGGAGAUGCGGAAAGCCAGUGAACUCCUGGACGCCCAGCGGCGCCGCUUCGGCCUGUGAGGUCAAUGAUCGCAUGAGCUGCUCACGGGCGACGUCAUCCUGGAUUCCGUAAGGUUUUGACGUUCA